AUGUCUUCUUUUAAUCCUAAUCCUGAUUAUGGAUUUGGUUUGGAUUAUCUAGUAGAUGAUUUAAAUGAUUAUCAACAAUCAAGAGGAACCGGAAGAAGUUAUCAAUCAUAUGAUCCAUUUACUUAUCCACUUUAUCAAACUCCAACUCAACUUUCUAAUAGUCAUCAUAAUCACAAUCCUACAUCAAUUUCUCAAACUCAUUCAAUCCAAUCAACUUCAUAUCAUUCUCAGCUAUCAACCCAUUCAAUUCCAUCUACAGCUUAUUCUGAUGCUUAUAAUCUAAAUUCAAAUCAUCAAACCGGUUGGAACAUUCCAAAUUCCAAUCCAAAUCCUUCAAGACUUCAAUCAACUUCCAAUUUAUAUAUCGGUAGUCCUAGUCUUUCUCCUCCUAAUCAUCAAAUCUUGGAUCAAAGAUUUGAAAGAAACCCUAGUAGUCCUACGAUCCAUUCCAAUCAUCAUCCAAAUCAGACUCCUCGUAUCACAAAUCAAAUUAGAUCUAAUUCUAUCAAUCGAGGUGGUUCGGGCCGUAGAUUUGCACCUGCUAAUAAGAUUUGUGAAACUUGUGGACUUGGGUUUACAAGGAAUGAAAGAUUAAGAUAUCAUGUUGAACGUGUACAUCUUCAAGUCGAACCUGAUCAUGCUUGUGAAUUAGAAGGUUGUAAUAGAGCUUUCAGACAGAGAUCAGAUUUACUAAGACAUCAACGUACCGUUCAUAGUUCUCAAUCUUAG